AUGCGAGCACUGGAUACGGGAGUGGAUGCGCUGCGAGCUGAAUACAGGUCCCUAGCCAGAUACACAUUGCCGUCAGUGACGUAUCAAGCUUUUGUAACAAAUCAUCCUGCUGGUAGAAACAGGUACCAGGACGUACCUUGUCAAGAUCAGCAUCGUGUUGUGAUUAAUUGGCCAGGAGCUCCUUCCGAUUAUAUUCAUGCAAAUUAUAUUGGAACACCAAAAUCAGAAAAAAGGUUUAUUUGCACACAAGUACGUCGACGUUGUUUCUACUUCAUUAUUGUUAUCCAUUGUCACAUGCAUUCCUCAGCCUAA